AGAUAACACAAUGAUUAAGAACAACUAAGAUAAUUAAGCGUGCAUUACAAUGAAGUGGGUUAUACUGUUCGGUCUUAUUAGCCUCUCAUACGGGUUACCAACAGGGGCACCAGAAUGUGUGGACAACCCUGCACAUUAUGGUACUUCAGCGCAGACUGGACCUAGCGGGAUAGAAGUGAACACAGAAAUGGCUGAUGAUGGAUCAGUUUUCAUCCAAGUUUUAGCUGAUUCACCAUUCAAGGGUGUUCUGAUCACAACUACUGGCGCUGGUCAGUUCUUAGUACCUGACGGUCAACCACUCCAGCUGAUGACCACAUGUACAGGAAUUACACAUGUAAGUAAUGCAACAAAAUCUGAAGUGAACGCCAUUUUCAUCAAGGAUGACCCCGCUGGUAGCAUGGAAUUCAAUAUGAUCAUUGUUCGCGACUUUGCCACGUACUGGACUGGAAUCAAGUUUUAAAAAACAGCUGUUUUGAAAUCUUACAAUCGACAGCUGAAGAAUCCGGAAACUAUUCACAUUUUAAAAUAAUAAUAAAAAAGUGUAGUUAAUCUUAUUCCCAUUAUAUCAAACUAUAAAUAUUGCUUUUUUUGUUUCAUUAAAAAAAUUUAAAAUAAUUUUGUUUAAACAUGUAUUUUUUUGACAAAGUGUGAUUUAAAAUAACUUAAGGUUUUGUAGAAUAAUUUUUAUUUUAAUCUAAAUGAAAUUGUUGAUAUUUCCAUUAAUUUUAAAAUUCAAAAAUUCAAAAUAGGCAGACCACACUUUGGAAAUAUCACGACUAUUUCAUAAUAAUAAUUCAAGAGUCAAAUAUAUUUUUUAACUGGGUUUACGUGUGGCGCAAUAUAUAGGGUUCCCACAAAGAAUGGGACUGUAAAGACGACCUGAAACUUUUAGAAUACAACGAUCCCAAAUUCCAAAGUUAAAUUUUAAUAAACUCGUAUAAUGGC